AUGCAAAAAGAGUUUGGGGGGCUCGCAGAGCGGGUGCAUGGUGAAGAUUCAGUGGACGAGCAGGCCGAGGCUGUUGGGCUUCCUCUGGACGAAAGAGCAGCUUGGAAGCGGGUUGCGGACAAGCGGCGAGUGAAGUCUGUCGAAUUUGUGGCAGAUAAAGAUGCCAGCUGGGGCAAUCUUGUGUGGCUGGUGAUCGCGAGCCCGAUGCUGGUCUUGCACUGGAAGCUUUUCAAGCAUGCAAAGUGGUGUUCCGAAGCGGAUUCGACAAAUGAAGAACCAGGUCGCAUCCUGAAGCAGUUCUGUGUGCCGGCACUGAACCCGGCAGCGGAUGUCAUCGACAAGCUGUUCGAGCUUCUCAGGGUGCCCAACGAGCGAUUGCGCUGCGUGUGUUUCUUUCACGGCCCGUGCACGCAAUGGCCACCUGCUCGCCAGCGGGCUUUUCAGCAGCUCGUGCUGCUGGCGGCCGGUCAAUUGUGGCGCAAGCUUGUGCUGCCUUGGCAAGCGUACCCGUGGAAGAUGUGGCCAAUUGUUUGGGGCGAAACUGAGGACGAACGAUGCUGUGCAGCCGUGCGAUUGCUCGCAGAGCGGGAUUGUUGCUUGGACCAGGUUUUCACCCAGAAGCUAAAGUCGUUGGUGCCGGACCCAGAGACUCUGGCAUCGGAGUCGACGCGCGAAUUCUUGUCGUGUUGUUUCACACGUUUGGUGGUUACUUCCACCUUUGUCGAGCGGCGCUUUGCCAGCUACGGGGCUUGGAACGCCAGACGAGCAGCCACGUGCCGGCUCCCGAUGCUUGUGGCCAAGCACGUGACAAGCUGCCUGAAGGAGUUCGUAGAUCGCUGGCGACAGCGGGAGCAAGCAAAGGAGAAGCGGGGUUCCAACUGCCGCCCGGUUUGGCAGGAGUCAGCGGUAAAGGGCAUGCGACUGACAGGCCUCCACGUAUUCACCCAAGAGUGCAGGAACAGGCAGCAAAACGUGUUGCAAGGGGGGGGCGCCUCGUGCUCUAAUUUUCUGAGCGAAGUGCGCCAGCAGUGGUCCGAGCUGAGCAAGGAGGACCAGUCGCAGUACUCCCGCCAAGCCAAGGAAAGAAAUGCCAGAGCCAGAGCUUUUGCGAUGGCCGCAGAACAGGAGGAGGAGAAGACAGGCGGGCCAUGGGGGAUGGCUUCCUUGCGUGGCCAGUGGCCGUUGCAGGAGGAGUUUUUGAACUCCGUCAUGGAAGGCAGUUCUUUCCAGGAGGUUGGUGCCCAGUGGAGGACGGAGCACAGUAUGGAGGAGGGGGAGUACGAGAACGUGUCAGACCCCUUGGAGCAGGCAGUCCGUUUGUUUCCCCGGUGCCCGCCUGGCAUGUGCGAGGCGGGCCUUACGUCGGCACAAAGCGCAGCCAAGACGCGUCUGCAUGCCAACCUCUGCACCUUGGUGCAGGCACAUUACCCAACCCCGGACAAGCUUGGUUCGGGCGUACUGGUAUUGCGGUUCAAGUCCGUCUGCCAAAAGGUUGCGAUGGCUUUCGCUGUUUGUUUUGCGACACGUGAGAAGCCUCCGGAGUGUGCCAUGCUGCAACUGGACGCAGGCGACUCAGGCGAUGCGGUCGGCGUGCCUGCAGAGCUGUGGCUGCCUGUGUGUUUGGAGCGGGACCCCUUGCCGGGCCGGCCGCGGGAAGCCCAGAAAGCUGCAUUUUGGAGCGAUCGCGCCCUGGCUGUGCAUCUAUCCAAGCAAGCGCAAGACUGGUCCUUGAGUGUGUUGCGGCUUGGGGAUCCUGCCGGCUCCCUCUCCAAGUUGUUGGUCGUAUCAGAAGAGGAGCACACCCAGGAGGCACUAGAUGCCAAGCGACGAGAGCUGCUGUUGCAACAAGCAGCAUUACGUGCUGCCAGUGCGGCGAGAGCAAAGCAGAGACGUGAACAAAAGGGGGCAGCGCGAAAGCCUAGAGGCAAAGGCGGAAGCAAGCCGAAAGAGACAACAUCGACGAAAUCCAAGUCGAGUCAGACCUCCGAGAAGCGAAAGCGAGCCCGGUCUGCCGAUGCCGACGAAAGCAGCAGCAGUUCCCGGACGGUGCCGCCUGAGGAGUCCGAGUCAGAAAAUGAUGACGAAUCCUCGGACGACGCUGCCAGAGCGGCGGACGCGGAUCCGGGAGAAGGAGCAGCGGUUGCCGCUUCGCAGGCGGCUGCCGCAGCAGCGGACGCGGAUCCGGGAGCAGGAGUGGCGGCNNCCGUUCCGAUCCUGCCACCGCCGCCUGUUGCCGCUAGACCAGGCGGCCGUCAGAAAGGCCGUACUUGGCAGCGGCGCGGGGAUGCGUGGGGCCCUUUCACGAUCAGCCCAAUUGUGCGGAGUGCAGAUGGUCGCGUGACCGGGUAUGGUGCUAUUUGCGGGCUCCACAAAGACACAGGCCCAGACGGGUCCCGGGUCCAAUGCAAGAAGGCGGCAGCCCUGAGUUCGCGCGAAGGGGCAAUGACAGCGGAUGAGAUCCGGGUUGGGCUGAAGCGCUGGUUGAUGGCAGGUUUGCUGGACACGGACGAGUGGCCCCCAGACAGAAUGAGACGCGCGCACGUCGCUCUGCAGCUCAAGGAUCUGGAAGGGGGCCCCUCAGAGAACGAAAUGGACAGAUGGAUGGACAACUUCGUGAGUGAUGCUCUAGUCGGCCGCUAG